CAGCUGUAGUACAGCUGCCGGUGCUACUCAUUGUCAAAGGCGUCAUUUGGAAAUACAAAUAUGGCGAGAAUCCUAAUUCUUUUAGCUGUACUCGCGGCGGCGGUAGCUGACCCACUCGUCUUUACUUCACCAUACCUGGCCUCGCCAUUCAUAGCACAAUACGCGGCGCCCUACACUUCAGCGGCGCUUGUGACACCAGAAGUAGCUGUACCAGCAGGAGUGUCUCCUGCCGUGCCAGCUGCCGCUGUUCCUCUUUCAUCAGUAUCGGCUUAUUCCUACGGGUCUUCAUACAGCAUUCAAGAUUACGGACCUCUAGUCAACACGGCGGCUGCGCCUCUUUACAGCUCAGCCUAUAGUGUGCCAUAUUCUUACGCCAACUGGUUCUACCGUAGGUAGAUAUAGGAGAAUAGUGAAAAUAUCGCAUUUUUUGUGAUUCUAACCAGAUUAAGAGUCCCCGGCAAGCUCGGCCGAAUUUUACCUUCUCAUAGAAACGGAGUUUAGUUCUCAUUUUAAAACUUACGUAUUGGAUUGUACUGAAAUUUUGCACACACAAUGAUAUCUAGUCCUAUAGUUAGUUGAUAUAGCUCCAGAUUAUAAAAAAAGCGAAAUAGAGCCAAAACCAAUUUUGUCUGAAAAACUUAGAUUCGCUGUAGUUUUUUCAUCUAUGGUAUCUGAAGCUACAUAAACUAUUUACA